AAGAAGCUUGCUGGCCAGGUACUAGCGCCGGACAGCAAUGGCGGGGCAGCAAUGAGCUACAAGUACUCAAACGUCACGCCCAUAUAUGCUGGCUUCAAGCCUGUAACCCAACUGGAAUUUCAGUCCUGAAUUAUCUCACAGUCAAACCGCGUGACCUUUCAACUUGCAAAACAUUCUACAACAUGUCUUACAACGACAAUGACAACAACAACUAUGGAGGCCGCCAAGGAGGUGGCCACAGCGAAGGUCGCCAAAACGAGUACGGCGACCGUCGUAACGAAGACAGCUAUGGUGGAGGUCGUCAAGAAGAGGGAUUUGGUGGUGGCAGAGAUGACCGCCAGGACUAUGGAGGUGGUAAUUUCCGUGGCGCCGGUGCAGGAGGUCGUGGCCAGGCUGAUGACUUCGAACCUCCACGUCAAGGCGGGCGCCAGGGCCAGAAUGAUCUCUAUGGCGGUGGGGGUCAAUCUGGAGAUAACUACUACGACUCGUCCAAGCGCUUCGACGACAACAGCUCUGGGCGUCACAAUGAAGGACCCAUGGGUUCUAACUCUGGCACAUCAUACAGCGGAGGUGGAUAUGGAGGUGACAACAAUGAGGAGUACUCCGGUGCUGCACACCAAGCCUCUCAGCACGCUGGAGAUUCUGGUGACAGCAGUCUCUUCAGCUCUGCACUAGGCAUGCUAUCUGGAAAGAAGCAGCAGCUUCAGAAUGAGGACGUGGAUGAAGACGAUGCUGUGAGGCAGCACCAGAACUUUUACGGACAGGGUAAUGGCAAUCAACAAGCUAGUGCUGGUAACUUGGGUGCUGCAGCUGCAAUGCAGGCAUUGAAGAUGUACAAUGGUGGACAAGGACAAAGUGGCCAUGGCUCGAGCUCGCAGAGCAACUUCAUCGGUAUGGCUAUGGGACAAGCGGCGAAGCUGUUCGAUCAACAGAGUGCUCAGGGCAAUACGCACCCGCAAGCCACCAAACAGGAUGCUGUCGCUCAAGCUGCUCAAAUGGCGUUGAAGUUCUACAUGAAGUCUGAGAUGGGUGGCUCCGGAGGUAGCUCUGGCAGCGGUCUGUUGGGCCUCGCAAGCAAAUUCCUCAAAUAGCCUGGUGUAUAGAUCAGUACUACCUGCGAGUAGACACCACUAACGUGCACAGCAAUCAGGAUUAUGGUACUCAUAAUAAUGAGGACCCGACUACCAUCGUUUUCUGUGCAUACUGGCGGGUUCCACUUGUGUAACAUACAACUCCGUAGAACCACACAAGUACACCGUCUGGUGUUGAGGUGCCUACGUAGAUCUUUCAUCGACAUAGAGGGAAGCAUAUCAAGUCAACCGAUACCCAUCAUGCACAUGUAGGCGAACCAUACCUACGAAUUGAACAAGCGCACAAAAGGCUGUUGCAUGACGAGGUAUGGAUAGUCCGAUAGUAAGAAGUUUGGCCUCGGCUUCACUUAAGUCACGGGCCGGAAUCCAAAAGCCGAAGCAUCAACUCAAAGCCCGAAGAUUCCCACUAAGCUAAAAA